UGUUUUCCCAUGAUUCUUUCUUUCUCUUCGCCAUCUUUUCCCCGGCAGGCCGACAUCUAUCACCAUGAAGGUCGAGCUGUGCAGUUUCAGCGGGUACAAGAUCUACCCGGGACACGGGCGGCGCUACGCCAGGACCGACGGGAAGGUUUUCCAGUUUCUUAAUGCAAAAUGUGAGUCCGCAUUCCUUUCCAAAAGGAACCCUCGGCAGAUAAACUGGACUGUCCUUUACAGAAGAAAACACAAGAAAGGGCAGUCGGAAGAAAUUCAAAAGAAAAGAACCCGCCGUGCAGUUAAAUUCCAGCGAGCCAUCACUGGUGCAUCUCUUGCUGAUAUAAUGGCCAAGAGGAAUCAGAAACCAGAAGUCAGGAAAGCUCAGCGAGAGCAGGCUAUAAGGGCUGCCAAGGAAGCAAAAAAGGCUAAGCAGGCAUCAAAGAAGACAGCAAUGGCUGCUGCCAAGGCCCCCACAAAGGCAGCACCUAAACAAAAAAUAGUGAAGCCUGUGAAGGUCUCUGCUCCCAGAGUUGGUGGGAAACGCUAAUUUGGUAGAUCAGAGUUUGAAAUAAAGAUCUGUCUUUAACUCUA